AUUCACCGAUUGCUCAACGUGUUCUGUGAAAUGGAAACAAGGGGAUCGCAGGUUUCAACACAUGUUAAUUCCAGUUUAUUCAAACUAACAGGCUGUAAUUUUUGUCAGACGUAAAGAUGUCGAAGGCUACAAAGAGGAAACAUGUUGCCCAAGAGGUACUUGAGGAGUUUGUCAUGCCUACAGAGAACCAAAGUGUGGUUAAGGUGGUCGCUAGCAAGGGGAAUAAUCUUCAUGAAGUAGAGAUAUCAAGUGGUGAUAAGUUCCUCGUCAGCAUGCCAACAAAGUUCCGUAAAAACAUUUGGAUUAAAAGAGGAAGUUUUGUCAUUGUUGACCCGAUAGAAGAGGGCGAUAAAGUGAAAGGGGAGAUAACUGCUAUUCUCUACAAGGAGCAGAUUAAAUACCUAAAGGAAGAAGGAAAAUGGCCCAAAGAAUUUGAUGACAAGACUGAUGAUGUAAGCCGAAAAGAUGCAAUGAUAGAUGAUGACAUGUUACCCCCGUCUGAUGACAGUGGUGAUGAAGGGCUAUCGAAUGUGAUAGCCAACCCAAACCGUGCUCCUGUGGCAGUUGAAUCAACAGACUCGGAGGAAUCUGAGGAUGAGGAAACAUGAUAUAGUCAGCGUAUUCCAUGUGUGACACAUCUGACGGACUCAUUGUCUGCAUGAACAGCUUGAUCAGAGUGGAAACAGUUGGUACGCUGUCUACAUGUGAUUCAAUCUGCUUAUUCCAUGUGUGACACAUCUGACGGACUCAUUGUCUGCAUGAACAGCUUCUGAGGGAUCAGAGUGGAAACAGUUGGUACGCUGUCUACAUGUGAUACAAUCUGCUUAUUCCAUGUGUGACACAUCUGACGGACUCAUUGUCUGCAUGAACAGCUUGAUCAGAGUGGAAACAGUUGGUACACUGUCUACAUGUGAUACAAUCUGCGUAUUCCAUGUGUGACACAUCUGACGGACUCAUUGUCUGCAUGAACAACUUGAUCAGAGUGGAAACAGUUGGUACACUGUCUACAUGUGAUACAAUCUGCUUAUUCCAUGUGUGGACACAUCUGACGGACUCAUUGUCUGCAUGAACAGCUUCUGAGGGAUCAGAGUGGAAACAGUUGGUACGCUGUCUACAUGUGAUACAAUCUGCUUAUUCCAUGUGUGACACAUCUGACGGACUCAUUGUCUGCAUGAACAGCUUGAUCAGAGUGGAAACAGUUGGUACACUGUCUACAUGUGAUACAAUCUGCGUAUUCCAUGUGUGACACAUCUGACGGACUCAUUGUUUGCAUGAACAGCUUCUGAGGAAUCAGAUGAUAACAAUUGAUAAACUGUCUGCACCUGAUACAGUGUUACAUUGUUGUGUGAUUAUGAAGUUGGUUACAUUAUGAUUACAUUAUGAAGCUGGGAACAGAUACACAAAUCACUGUCAUUCAGGAUACACCGGUACAUUGUUGUGUGAUACAGUGUUACAUUGUUGUGUGAUUAUGAAGUUAGUUACAUUUUGAAGCUGGGAACAGAUACACAAAUCACUGUCAUCACUGUCAAAUGGGUUUCUUCAAGCCCGGUUUCCUCCCACCUUAAUACUGAUUGCCGUCAUAGAAGUGAAAUUUUCUUGAGUAUGGUACAAAACACCAGUGAAAGAAAUAAGUAGACCCGAAGCUUCAUAGCACACUAGCACACUUUCAUAAUAUUUGUACCAUCUAUAUACAUACAAGUAAGGAAUCAGAUAAUAAUAUGUGGUUUACUAUUUGAUAUAUUACACGGCAUGCUCAUCUAUUCACCCCAAGGGCCCUAUACUGCUUAAAAUACUAGCUAAACACCAUGACCCAGAAGCCUCUCACCAAUGUGAUCACUGUGAGUUCAAAUCCAGCUGGGGCCUCCGUGGCUCAGUUGGUUAGCGCGCUAGCACAACGUAAUGACCCAGGAGUCUCUCACCAAUGCGGUCGCUGUGAGUUCAAGUCCAGCUCAUGCUGGCUUCCUCUCCGGCAGUAAGUGGGAAGGUCUGCCAACAACCUGCAGAUGGCUGUGGGUUUCCCCCGGGCUCUGCCCGGUUUCCUCCCACCAUAAUGCUGGCCGCCAUUGUAUAAGAGAAAUAUUCUUGAGUACGGCAUAAAACACCAAUCAAAUAAGUAAAUAAAUAAAUCAAAUCCAGCUCAAACUGGCUUCCUGUCCACUCAUAUGUAAGAAGGUCUCCCAACAACUUGCUGAAUGUUGUGGGUUUUUUCGCAACCACAAUGCUGGUCGUCGUGUAUGGGAAAUAUUCUUGAGUACGGCACAAAACGCCAAUCAAAUAAAUUAAUAAAUAAAUCUAAUGAAAACCCUGGGUUUCACUGCAUCACUGACUAUACACCAAGAAUGAAGAUGCCAAAGGUUAUGGUUACCAGGGCUCGGUUGUUCGAAAGUGUCUGAAGAUAUAGCCCAAAAUUAAUUGCGUUACAGUAUGUAGUAAAUAUGAACUAAAUAUCCUGCUGUGCCAUUUGGUCUCUGUACAGCUGUAUUGGUUGCUGGGUUCUGUUACCAUUGUAAAGAUGUAAUAUGAUUUAAUACCAGUAUUAACGUAAUACACGUUUGAACAUCCAGGUCCAGGCACUAUGUGAAGCACUGUGAUAGCUUGCUUUCACCUACAGUAGCAAGGUGUCUCCUUCAAUCAGGACUUCGUGUAGCCAAUGAAUAAAGCCUCAUUCCUUCAUGAAUAGAUUUUAUUUGAAUCUACAAGUAACUACUUCUGGAUGACAUUCAGACUUCUACAAGUUCUGAAAGGUUAGAACACUUGGUUGUUAUUCCUUGAUAUGGGGUUUAGGAUGUGGUCUAACAUAUAAAAAGCAAACAGUGAAAACAAACUUGUUGAAGGAAAAAGUCUGAAUUUGAUCGCUAAGCUGGUCCCAUGUUCCCAGUAUAUUAACCGAGGUCAUUUCUGAAAACAACCAACCAUUGGCAGAAACUAUGCUUAAAAAAGAUGGCUUUGGAAAUAUAAAAUAUUCCUCAAAUGA